UUUCUAUAAUUAAUAGCACUGUGGACACACCACAGUCAUGAUGAUAUAGAUCAGAUACUGAACUGCUGAAUACUGAUCAAUGAGUUGACCUAUGAUGAUGAGUACCUUUCUGUGCUAGGACCCAUCUUAUACGAUUUGUCAACCAACAUUUACGACUCCACUGCAAUAUGGACACAGCCUCAGAUGGAGCCUUUCAACCGAAGGAGGACCUUCUGAAUAUCCUCUUAUCUCUGGGAUUUUCUCAGAAUGCUUCCAUCAAGGCUUUGUAUUACACUGGGAACAGUAAUGCAGAUUUGGCUGCUGCAUGGGUCAUAGAAAAUCAACACAGGAGUAAUAUUGAUGCACCUCUCAACCAGGAUGAAUCAGACGACAGUGAUGAAGCAGGGUAUUUACCCGAAGGUGUGGACUUCUAUAAAAUGAUCUUUGUGGUCAACUCGGAACUACAGAUGGGAGUCGGGAAGAUAGCUGCCCAGGUUGCUCAUGCUGCUCUCGGUCUACAUAGAACUCUGCUGGACGAUCCCCAGAAGUUUGGACAGAUGCUGAUGAGUUGGGAACAGUUUGGAGAAACAAAAAUUGUCACGAAAGGUGAUAACACAGGUCAGUUAAUGGGCCUUGCUGAAAAAGCCUCCAGUCUAGGACUACCGCAUUACAUCGUGCACGACGCAGGUCGAACACAGAUUGCUGCAGGAUCUACCACUGUGUUAGCCAUUAUGGGUAAACUUGAAGUGGUGGACUCGAUAACUGGUUCUCUUAAACUCCUUUAAAGGAGAGCAACGCUGAUUAGCUACUUGUAUUUUGCGAUAGAAAAUAUUUAUAUUUCACUGAGUGUUAAUUAAUUUUUAUAUAUUAUUAUUAUUGUCGUUUUUGUUUGCUGCAUUUCUUCCAAGUUUCAGCUUUAUUGACAAGUGUACAUUUUCAUAGUACAUAUUCGUCCACUGUCUGCAAUUAAAUUGUAGCAUUUCUAUUUUUUAGUCUCUUUUUACAUGUAUUUACAUGUAUCCAUUGUAUAAGGCCUAGCUAAUACAGUGGAAAUUUUAUUCAUGGUUAACAAAUUCAAUCGUGAGAUCCCAUGCUUUAGGUUUAUGAACACUCUUUAUAAUGGAUGUUGAUAUUUACAUAAUAAUGUUAUAUUUUGAGGGUGUCAUGCCAUAAUGUACUUUUAGUCAGGGUUUUGAUAAAUAGUGCACUCCCCUUUUUUUUGCACUAUUAGUCACAACAUCUGACUACUAUUUUGACACUCCCCUUUUUUGUGUGCUCUAUUUGUCAGACCUCUGACUACUAUUUUGACAUGGUGUGUGAAAAAUUAUUAUUAUUAUGCUUUUCAAAAUAUUUGGGUUUCACAGAAACAAAGGGUGAUCACUACGAAUGCACUUCCAAUUUUGGUUGAUGUGGGUCUCUUUUUUUUUAAUGCAAGAUUGAUUUGUUUGUUAAUUUAGUGGUGCAUAAUUAUAAAAACUAGAGGAUAACUCAUCAUUUUUGUGUUAAUCAAAUAUUUGGAAAAGUUUUCUUUUAUUAUGGUUACAUUAGUAAGUACAUAUAUGUAGUAAACUUUAUUUAAUAUAUAAAAUUUAUACAAACACAGCUAAAAUGGUCCGUGGCCUAAUGGACAGCACGUUCGCUUGACAAAUUCAUCAUCCGGGAUUCGCGCCUGCAAAUCAGCAACUAUUUUUGGAAUUAAUGGAAUUAUUUCAGUUUACUCGAUUUGAAAAAUUUGUGCUAGGCAAAAACAGUGAAGACAAACAGUAAUGGUGAAGUUUUAUCAGUGCACAAUGUGAAAUUAGUAGGUUAUCGAAUAUACAAGAACAAACCAACAGGAGGCUUGUCUACCCUUUUGUCUGAUAUCGCCUCCCCCCCCCCCCCCCCCCCCCCCCCCCCCCCCCCCCCCCCCCCCCCGACUUUUAAGAAUCUAGGAUACUUCAAUACAUAGAUUUGUAAUUCUGACCGCUAAUUAUGAAUGUUUUAUAAAAUGCAUAGGUGUUGAAACUCAGACAGAAGACAACAAAUAUAAAGACAACAAAUAUAAGUGCACAGAUUUUGUUUUGCAAACUACAAAUAUGAAUGCAUUGAGAGAUAACUGUAAGGACAAUGCAUUUCAGUUAUUGUUAAGCCUCACUUUUUUUGUUUAUAUUUAUUCAUUGAAUUCUGUAGUAUGAUUAAAAAAUGAAAUCAUGUGUUUAUAUAUUUACGAUGUUCUUAUUUGUAUUGGCAGAAGUAUAAUGAACAGUUGUGGUGUUUGUAAAUUUUAUUGAUCUCUUUCAUGUUCUGUGGUGCAUGUAUUUCAGUUCAUAUAUCGAAUAUAAAAUUUUGUAACUGUUACAGUAUCUGUAUUAUGCACAACACAAUAAAGAAAUUUGUGUUGAUUAUGUAUUAUUGGUGAUUAAAGGCUACCGCAUGAUC